GUAUAUGUGAUUUAUUUCUGAUGCAAUAUAAAUUACUUUAUUUAUUUCGAUUUAUUUUAAGUAACCAAUGAAGGAAUUUCUGAUCGGAUUUUCAUCCGAAUUACAGCGCAAUAGAUUUUAUUCAAUACAUGCUGAUUUUACCUUUUUUAAAGGAAAACGAUUCUUUAAAUUUGAGCGCCUAUCAAUUGAGAUAAGAAAGACAGGAGGGGAAUUUACUUCGCUUGUGCCGGAAUUAUGACAGCUUAGUGAAAUAUGAAGUCAAAAUCUCUAAAGUCAACGCAAGAGAUUUCUUCAAAAGGUUACCGACAUCAAGCGGAAAGGGAAGAGAAGUAGAAAUCAAAGACAACACAGCCACAGUAGCAGCUAGGUAAAUAUAGAGACGGAAAGUUGAAAGGAAACGCGAAAAAGCUGAAAGAUGUUGGCGAAAAGUUGUUGAUCUCUUCCGAGAGAAGUCAGUAUUAAUGAAAUACUUUUCAAAGCAGGAAGCCAGAUUACAUAAAGCCGAAGACCCCACACUCUGUGACGUUUGUAUUGGAUCCUCAGAAGUAUUAAAAGUGGAGAAGGAUUAAGUAGAAAAGGCAAUGGAGACGAACUCUAGUGAAAAUCCAAGUAUCAAUUCAAGGUCAAAACUUUCCGAAGAUCAGUCCUUAAAAACACUUCGAACCAUUUCCUACAUAUUCAUCUGCAUUAUCGGAGCUCUUGGGAAUCUUCUGGUCAUGUUGGCGACGAGAAAACGUCGAAUGCGGAACGUCACAAAUCAGUUUAUUGCCAACUUAGCGCUUGCAGAUUUCACUGUGUGUGUGAUCACCAUUCCUAUAUCAUUGGUGUACACGAACCUAGGCCAUUGGCCUUUUCGAUCGUGGCUGUGCAAAACAAUGCCUUAUCUACAAGGGAUCACAGUCUCAGCCUCUGUGGGCACUUUGGUAGCUAUUGCGAGUGACAGAUUUAUUGUUAUUGUAUUCCCCACAAAGAGGAAAUUCAGAAUAUCAAGAACUUGGAUAACGGUUGUUGCGAUAUGGCUUUUAUCUGCUGCUGUCGCCUUUCCUGUUCAUCUGUAUAGCGAGGUGACGCGGGAAAUGGGCGACGGAUUAAAUGUCACAAGUUGCAUUGAGGUAUGGCCUUCGCAAGAUGGACGAAAAACAUACGCGUUGCUUCUCUUUUUAGUACUAUUUUUGCUCCCCAUGACGGCUAUCUCGCUAAUGUAUGCAGCCAUCAUCUACAAGCUGAGAACGCUGCACCCAACACAGGAAGUGACGAUGCGAACUCACAAGAAGCUGGUGCGCAUGCUCGUCGUCGUCAUUGUCACGUUUGCAGUUUGUUGGAUUCCAUAUCACGUGACAUUUCUAUAUUUGGACAAAUCCGACUACAUCACGACAGAGGCGAUGAAUGCCAUGGUAUUGUUCUCACAAUGGCUCAUGUACACCAACAGCUGUCUUAACCCUAUCAUUUACAUCCUCUACAAUGCAAACUAUAGAAGAGAGUUCUGGAAAAUUGUGACUUGUGAUGGAUGCGGCGAAAAUGGAUAAGGAAACCCAUCACAGGCCCUUACGCAGGAUUUUUCUUGGGGAGGGGGGGUGCGAAAUGCGAAAAAUGAUUUUCUGUGUG